UCCUUCUUCUUCUUUUCCUCACCUCCCUCCCUCCUUCUCUCUCUCUCCCGCCCCUCAUUCCCGCUCCUCCCGCCGACCGGGACUCGCCCCGAACCGGGAGGGAAACGAUCGCUGCUGCUGCUUCUUCCUCCUCCUCCUCCUCGUCCUCCUCCUCCGGGGGCUGCCGGGGGGAGGGAAUUGAUGUGGAGACCCCGAGCAGCACCAUGCAGCCCCCGCCGAGGAAGGUGAAAGUUACUCAAGAGCUAAAAAACAUUCAGGUGGAGCAGAUGACAAAACUUCAGGCCAAGCAUCAGGCAGAAUGUGAGCUACUUGAAGAUAUCAGAGCCUUCAGUCAGAAAAGAGCUGCAAUAGAGAAAGAAUAUGCACAGAGCAUUCAGAAGCUGGCUAGCCAAUACUUAAAGAAGGACUGGCUUGGAAUGAAAGCUGAUGAACGAAGUGAUUAUAGGAGCAUGUACUCAGUUUGGAAAUCCCUUUUGGAAGGCACCAUGCAAGUGGCCCAAUCUCGCCUCAACAUCUGUGAGAACUACAAAAAUUUAAUUUCUGAACCAGCCAGGACUGUUCGGUGCUUUAAGGAACAACAGUUGAAGAAGUGUGUGGACCAGUUGACAAGGAUCCAAGCUGAGCUCCAGGAGACAGUAAAAGAUUUAGCUAAAGGCAAAAAGAAAUAUUUUGAGACUGAACAGAUGGCUCAAGCAGUGCGGGAGAAAGCUGAUAUUGAGGCCAAGUCCAAACUUAGUCUUUUUCAGUCAAGAAUAAGCUUGCAGAAGGCAAGUGUAAAGUUAAAAGCACGACGAUCCGAGUGCAAUUCCAAGGCCAUCCAUGCAAGGAAUGAUUAUCUCCUCACUUUAGCAGCUGCCAAUGCACACCAAGAUCGUUAUUAUCAAACAGAUUUAGUAAACAUUAUGAAGGCUCUUGAUGGAAAUGUAUAUGAUCACCUUAAGGAUUAUUUAAUGGCAUUCAGCAGGACUGAACUAGAGACAUGCCAAGCUGUCCAAAACACAUUCCAGUUUUUACUGGAGACUUCCAGCAGGGUGGUGCGAGAUUACAAUCUCCAGCUGUUCUUGCAGGAAAACUCAGUUUUUCACAAACCUCAGCCUUUCCAGUUCCAGCCAAGCGACAGUGACACUAGCCGACAACUGGAAUCAGAAACUGGGACCACUGAGGAGCACAGCCUCAACAAGGAGGCUCGGAAAUGGGCAACCCGGGUGGCUCGUGAGCACAAAAACAUCAUCCACAGCCAGAGGACACUUGAAGAGCUGGAAUGCCAUGGGCCUGUGAUGUCUGAGCAAACCCGAGCAGAGCUGGAGCAGAAAAUAGAUGAAGCCAGAGAGAGCAUUCGUAAGGCUGAGAUAAUUAAGCUGAAAGCUGAAGCCCGGCUGGACCUGCUGAAGCAGAUUGGAGUCUCUGUGGACACCUGGCUGAAAAGUGCCAUGAACCAAGUGAUGGAAGAACUGGAAAAUGAACGUUGGGCCACUCUGCCUUCAGUCACCAACAAUGGCUCCUUGCACCUGAUCAAUGCUGACACAGAAAAGGAAGAAGGUGAAGAGUUUGAGGACAGCAUGGAUGUUUUUGAUGACAGCAGUUCUAGUCCUUCUGGUACUCUAAGAAAUUACCCUCUCACCUGCAAAGUUGUUUAUUCAUAUAAGGCUUCUCAGCCAGAUGAACUGACCAUAGAGGAACACGAGGUGUUGGAGGUGAUUGAAGAUGGAGAUAUGGAAGACUGGGUAAAGGCAAGGAACAAAGCAGGACAAGUGGGUUAUGUGCCAGAAAAAUAUCUGCAGUUCCCCACCUCCAGCAGCCUCCUGAGCAUGCUCCAGUCCCUGGCAGCCUUGGACAGUAGAUCACACACCUCCAAUAAUUCCACAGAGGUUGACUUGGUCUCUGGCAGCUUGAAUGGAGACUCCAGUGUCUGUUUUGUCAAAGCACUUUAUGACUACGAGGGCCAGACAGAUGAUGAGCUGUCCUUCCCAGAAGGAGCCAUCAUUCGGAUCUUGAACAAGGAAAAUCAAGAUGAUGAUGGCUUUUGGGAAGGAGAAUUCAAUGGACGUGUUGGGGUGUUCCCAUCAGUAUUGGUUGAAGAGCUUACAGCUUCAGAAAAUGGAGAGACUCAGUGGAUUGGAGAUAUUCAGGUAUCCCCGACCCCAAAGCCCAACAACACUCUGCCCCUGCUGCCACUCUAUGACCAACCUCCCACCAGUCCCUACCAGAGUCCAGAUAAAAUUGGGUCUCAGUACUUCCCCAGAUCACCAUCAACUAAUGAAAACAGCUUCAGUUCAGAGUCCCCAGGAUUCUCCCAGCCUCCACGGGUUCCUCCUGAAACUUCAUAUGGCAAACUGCGACCUGUGCGAGCAGCUCCACCCCCCCCUACGCAGCAUCAUCGCCGCCCGACAGAGAAGAUUGAGGAUGUGGAGAUCACCCUGGUGUAAGGACUGGACUAGUUAAGUAGUAGUGCUACAAUCAAGACCAAACACCUAAUUUGGUCAGUCUCAUUUUUUUAGGCACCUUUGCAUGAUGAAGACUUUAAUAGAGCAAGAGAUAGGGAGGAUUUUAUGUGGCAGUGACAUGGUGGAUUCCUUCCCACGGUCAUGAAUAUUUUGUGCCUUUUUUUUUGGGUUGUUUGAUUGGUUGGGUUUUGGGUUUUUUUUUUUUUCCUCCUGGUUGUUAGUUUGGAUUUUGAUUUCUAGGCAUCAUUAUUUCCUCUCUUAGCACAAACCCAGGUGGGCCAUGCAGCACAGAGGAUUGCCUUGGAGCAGGUUUCUCUCUUGGCUGAAGAUGGUCCAGUUUGAUCCAGAGGGAAAAAAGCCUCCAUGGAAUUUAGUCCUAGCCUAUUCCCAUCACCUGCAUUAGUACAGUAUAUUACUGUUGCCAUAGGAAUGUGUUAAAACUGAUUAAUUCUUCAAGUGGCAUCACUUGGUGAGGUGUGAAACAGAACAGAAAAAGGGAACUGGAAUAAGAAGUCUUAAGGAGAGGCUGGCUCCUCUUGAAACCCCAUGCAGGAAGGAAGGAACAGGAAAAAUGAGCUUUUAGGUGAGGAAAAGGGAUGUGGCUCACAUGGUGUUCACCCCACGAGUGGAAACCUCUUCCAGAACUCACAGAUAAACAGAACAAAGUGUUCUUUGCAUUAAUAUUUAUGCAGUACAGUUAGUGAUAGAAUAUCUGAUAGGGAGGUGCUGAAUUAGUAGCAACAUCUUGUUCCAUAACAUAAACCAACUGGUAGAAAAGUGAGAUUUUUUUUAAUUUUUUUUUUUUUUUUUGGCUAGGAUCUGGAACUUGAGCUUCAACUUUUUAUUUUAUUUUUUCUUUUCUGAGCAGAUUUUGAGGGGUUUGGUUUCUUUUUGGUUUUUUUGUUGUAAAAAACCAACUAUUUGGGUCACUCUUCUCCCAGUUAUUGCCGUGUACUUUAUUUAAUCCAAGGCUAGCAGUGUAUCUUUGUCAUCAAAACACCUGGCUAGAGUUAGGAAUUCCAUGUAGAGCAUUUAUGUGCAUUAUUUAGGUUGGGUUUCUUGGUUUGUUUUGGUUUUUUUUUUUUGCAUCAGAUGGUCCUGUAGCAUUUUCCCACGUGUAGCCUGUGACCCAGCCAAAGCCAGAGCUCCAGGAAAAGCUCUGAGUCCUGCAAAGCCUUCAAAAUGCCUUUUUGGCCAAGAUUUAGGGGCUGAAAUUACUCUUAGGCAAGAAACAGAGCAAAAGAAUUUCAAAACUCAUCUUCAAUCGGGGAUCUCUGAAAAGGAAUUUUUGUUGUUGUUGUUGUUGGCAUAUGAAAGAAAAGGGCAGAGGAUAUUCCUGAGGUUUGACAUGGAGAGGAAUGAUGAAAGGAAAGGGAAAAACUGGAUGCAAACAGAUUUUUUUUUUUUUCUGUCCUUACUGAAUUAUUUUCAGCAACCUCCAGCAGAUCAAAACUUGAGUUAAAAGGCAUCACAAGGUUGGGUUUUUUUUGAGCUGUUUUGUGGGUUCUGUUGAAUGUGCUCUUAUGUCUUCAUUUUUUUUUAUUUCUAAGCCAGUAAAUUUUCUACUUCUGGUUUACUAACAAGGGCUAUUUUUUUUUUUUUUUGAGGCUGCAUUUAUUAAAAAUAAAAAAAGAAAAAAAAAAUCUAACAUGAUUUUAUCAUAAAGUUUGCACAUCCUUGUAAAUCCCAACCCAAACUGGGUCUCUGAGACAUUUGUGUUUGCCAAUCUCCUUUCCCAGUGGGAUCUUUAACCAAGAGUGGGGCUGUUUGAAGAAAAAAAAAACUCAUGGAUCAGUUACAAAAUGGGUGACUGUCCAGUGAAGUCUUCUCCAUAUUUUUCAUUCUUUUGCACCUCUUGUCCUGUUGAUCUGUUUGAGGUCUUUUUUAUGUGUUUAUCAAACUUAUUCUUAAGUUUAAAAAAAAAAAAAAAAUUUAAAAAAUAAAAAAAAAAAAAAAAAAGGUUUUUUAAAAAAAGAUUUAACUGUUUGCAAACCUUUUGAAAGCUUCACAAUGCAGAAGUAAAGCAAGAAUUGCCAUAAUAAUGUUCACAUCCAAUUUCUUUGGCCAGUUGUUCUGUGUCCCUUCAUACCCAGACUUCCAAAAUUCCGAAAGUGUUAUUUAAAAGUCUCUUUAGUUGUAUUUUAAAAUAUUUUCUGUAAGAGCUGCUAAUUUUAUUUAAAAAAGAAGAAAAAAAAAAAACCACAAAAAAGAAGAAAAGUUGUAAAAAUAUGCCUCCUUUUUACCUAGGAUUUCUUCAUACAGGGCAUGUAUCCAACCUAUCAUCCUGUACAGCGUCAGUACACUGAAAGCACAGGUGCAGAUGCUUUCUUUAUAUUGGCUGUAAAAAGUUUGUAUUUAUUAUGUAUAAAAAGUUGAAUAAUAAAAAAAAAAGAGGAACUAAA